CACUUUAGAGUGUAGAUUAUAUUUCAGCUUUCUGGCACGACUAAUAUACUCCCACAGACACGGAAUGACCGAUCAGAGCCUGGUAAAAGCAACCGCAGUGGCGAAUUCUGUGAGCAAACGCGCGCCGUGCACGCAACUGGUGAUGGGCACAGGUGGAGGUCUCGUGACUGGCUAUUGCACUAUUAAGCUGGGCAAGUUCCUGGCCCUGGCGAUGGGCGGUGGUAUUCUGCUGAUUCAGUUGUUUGUCGAGCUCGGCUAUGUGCGAGUUGACUGGCAAAAGAUCGUCGCGGAAAUGGAGGGACGAUUGGCUGGCACUACACAGCACUUGGAGCGCAGCCAAGGAGUCCGUUUGAUGGUGGGGUCCAAUGCUCGUUUGUAUACAUCUUUUAUUGGGGGAGUUUUCUUGGGCAUUGGUAUUGCCAUUUAGCUUUUCAUUUUUCGUAAUAACAUAGCAUGUGUACUUAAUGAGAAAAUAAAAAUUAUGCUGCGGAUUAUAACCUUCGA